CAUCAAAAAAAGAAAAAAAAAAGAAAAAAAAAAAAAAGACAAACGGCAAAUGUAGUUGUAUACCCACUAUGUGUCAACUGCAUGUUUCUCAUUUCAUCACAACAAAAAAAAAAAAAAAAAAAAAAAACACACCCAAUUCAAUUGCCCAUUUAAUUUUCAAGAAAAUCAUCUACUUAUAAUUUUCUUGAAAAUUGAAGCUUACUGGGAAAAAUUUGGAUCAAUUUGAUGAACAACAAGGUUCCAUCCUCAUAAGUUCAAAUAUAUCAAGAAGGAUCUUUGAUGGAGCGUUGUUCGGGAGAAGAUGCUGAUAUAACUGAAUUGGAGAUUGAUGACUAUAAAGAAAAAGCUUAUGUAGAGCUGAAGUGUGGAAAUCCAUCGUUUAAGAUAUCAGACGUGGCUUACACUUGUCCCUAUUGUCCUGAUAAAAGCGGCCGUCACCUUUUCUACGAAGAUCUCUGGCAGCAUGCAAGUGGAAUAGGAAAGUCUAACAUGCGAACUGCAAGAGAUAGGGCGAACCAUCUUGCGUUGGCCAAGUACUUGGAAACCGAAGUAGCGGGUGCAGUUGGUCCAUCAAAAUCUAAUAAAAAGUUGAAGACAGGAAACUCUUUUCGAAUAUCAGACGCUGCUUUUGCUUGCCCGUAUUGUCCGGAGACAACGAAAAGAGAUUUUUCUUACAAGGACCUCAUGCAGCACGCACAUGGAAUAGGAAACUGUAACUCUAUGAAGAGAACUGCAACAGAUAAGGCGAACCAUCUUGCGUUAUUCAAGCGCUUGGAAAAUGAUGUAGCAGGUUCUACCAGUUCAGCAAAAUCUUGUGAAGAGUCGAUGAGUAGAAAUCAACCUCUUAAGAUAUCAAAUAUGACUUUUACUUGCCCGUAUUGUCCGGAGACAAGUGAAAGAAAAUUUUCUUAUAAGGAUUUAAUGCAGCAUGCAAAUGGAAUAGGAAGCUCUAACUCGUGGAAGCGAUCUGCAAGACAGAAGGCAAACCAUCUUGCAUUAGCCAAACGCUUGGAAAAUGAAGUAGUCGGUUCUGCCGGAUCAUCAAAAUCUCAUGAAGAGUGGAGGAGUGGAAACCAUGUUCCUAAGACGUCAAAUAUGGCUUUUGCUUGCCCCUAUUGUCCAGAGACAAGAAACAGAAAUUUUUCGUACAUAGAUCUCUUUCAGCAUGUACAUUGUGUAGGAACCGGUAACUCUAUAACAAGAACUGCAAGUGAUAAGGCCAACCAUCUUGCAUUAGCCAGUUACCUUGAAAAUGAUGCAGCAGGUGCAGCUGGUCCAUCGAAAUCUUAUGAAGGGUUGAAGAGUGGAAAUUACCCUUUAAAGAUAUCAGAUAUGGCUUCUAUUCGUGCCUAUCCAGAGACGAGAAACAAAGAUUCUUCGCACAAGGAUCUGUUGCAGCAUGCAAAUGGAGUAGGAAGCAGUAACGCUAAGAAACAAACUGCAAGAGAUAAGGCCAACCAUCUUGCAUAUGGGAAGUACUUGGAAAAUGAUGUAGCAGGUGCUGCUGGCGGUGCAUCAACAUCUUAUGUAGAGUCGACAAGUGGAAUACACUCUUUUAACAUGUCGGAUCGGACUUUUGCUUGUGCAUACUGUCCAGAGACGAGAAACAGAAACUUUUCGUACAAAGAUCUCUGGCAGCAUGCACUUGGAGUAGGAAGCUGCGACUCUAAGAAACGAACUGCAACGGAUAAGGCCAACCAUCUUGCCUUGUCCAAGCACUUACAAAAUUUUGCCAAGUACUUGGAAGAUGAUGUAUCCAGUGCCGCCAGUACAUCAAUGCCAUACGAAAGAUUGAAGAGUGGUAAUCACUCUUUUAACAAUUUAGAUGUGGCUUUUGCUUGCCCCUAUUGUCCCGAGAGUAGAAACAAAGAUUUUUCUUAUAAGGAUCUCUUGCAACAUGCUGGUGGAGUCGGAAGUUGCAACUCUAAGAAACGAACGGCAAAAGAUAAGGCCAAUCAUCUUGCAUUGGCCAAGUACUUGUCGAGUGAUGCUGCAGGUGGUCCUAGUAAGUCAAUAUCUUGUGAAGAGUCGAAGAGUGGAAACAACUCUUUCAACAUACCUUAUGGGGCUUAUACUUUUGCUUAUUGUCCAAAGAAAAGAAAGCGAGAUCUUUUGUAUAGUGAAGUAGGAAACUGUAGCUUCAACAAGCGAACGGCAAUAGAUAAGGCUAACCAUCUUACAUUCGGCAAGUAUUUUGAAAAUGAUUUUGCAAGUGCUGCUAGUCCAACAAAAUGUAAUACUCUGGGUGAUAUUCAGGUUGAUUUCCUUACGGAUCAUGACCUUUCGGAGAUGUUUGUGUGGCCAUGGAUUGGGGUUGUUGUGAACCUUCCAACUGAAUUCAAGGAUGGACGUUAUGUAGGAGAAAGUGGUUCUAAUCUGAAGGAUCAUUUGAUAAAAAGAGGUUUCAAUCCAACACGAGUGCGCACUCUAUGGAAUGACCUAGGCCAUUCUGGAAUCGCUCUUGUUGAAUUCAAGAAAGAUUGGUUUGGGUUCAGUAAUGCCAUAUCAUUUGAGAAGGCCUAUGUGGCCGAUGAUCAUGGAAAGAAGGAUUGGGAAGACAAUAAUGGCCAAAAAUCUGAUCUUUAUGCAUGGAUAGCUCGAGCUGAUGAUUAUAAAGCCACUAAUGUUGUUGGUGAAAAGCUCCGCAAAUUUGGAGACCUAAAAACUAUUUCUAGUAUCAUUGAAGAAGAAUCUCGCAAGAAUAGUAUACUUGUUUCUAGUUUGAACAAUUCCAUUGAAGUCAAGAAGCUGCACAUAAAGGUGAUAGAGGACAAAUUAAGGGAGACUACCCAGUCCGUCGAACAGUUGAUUGUGGUGAAUGCUAAACUUCGUCAAGCAAACAAUGAAGAAAUAAAGAAGAUCCAGUCGAGCGCGCGUGACCAUUUCCAGCAGACAUUUAGUAAUCAUGAAAAGUUGAAGUUGCAAUUGGAAACUCAAAAAAAGGAGCUUGAACUCCGACAUGAAGAACUGCAGAAACGUGAGGCUCAAAUUGAAAGGGAGAUGGAAAAACUAUCCCUCGAUCAUGCACAGAAUGCUAUCCUAAAAGCAUCCCUUGCUGCCGUUGAAGAGAAAAAGAAUGCUGAUCAGAAAGUACUGAAAUUGGCGGAAGAACUGAAGAAAAAAAACGAGGAACUCCAUAAGAGAAUUAUUAAGCUUGAGCAACAACUCGUUGCAAAACAAGCAGGAGAAACAGAAGUUGCACAAAUGCGGUUGGUUAUGAAGCACAUUGAAGAAGAGGGUGAUCAGGAAGUUCUGGAAAACGUCGACACAAUGCUUAAAAAUUUAAGAGAAAAGGAAGAAAAAUACGAAGAGUUAGUGGCGUUGAACCAAACCUUGAUUGUGAAGGAGCGGAAGAGCAAUGAUGAGCUGCAGGAAGCACUUAAAGAAUUGGUUAAUGGCUUGAAGGAAUUACCAAGAAAAGGUCCUAUUGGUGUUAAGAGGAUGGGAGAGCUCGACAACAGACCGUUUCUUGAAGCAAUGAAGAGGCGAUAUAAUGACACAGAAGCUGAGCAAAAAGCUCCCGAGUUGUGCUCAUUGUGGGAGGAGUACCUUAGAGACCCUGAGUGGCAUCCCUUUAAAGUCGUUGCCAUAAACGGGAAACAUCAGUCUGUAAUAGACGAUGAAGAUGAAAAACUGAAAGACUUGAAGAAAACUUACGGCGAAGGAGUGUAUAAAGCUGUUACAACCUCUUUAACCGAGAUUAAUGUAUAUAACCCAAGCGGAGGAUACGUCAUUUCGGAGUUGUGGAAUUAUAAAGCUGGCGAGAAAGCUACUCUGCAGGAUGGAGUUACCGUUUUACUAAACCUCUGGAAAAAGAAAAUGACGCUCGACUGAACGUUGGAUGCUUCCUUGAGCUUUGCCUAACGUUCUCUAGUUUUCAAGAUAUUCCGAUGCUUGUACGUAGAAGAACCUCAUGUCGCAUCACAUUCCAUUCGAGCAGAGGCGGAUUCGGGAUUUGAACUGUAUGGAUUCUAAAUUGUAGAAUAGUGACCUCAACUUCAGUAACUGUAAUUUGCGUACAUAGUUAGUGGAUCUCUUGAUAUACAUAUAUAUAUAUAUAUAUAUAUAUAUAUAUAUAUAAACAGUUCGAGUCAAAGCUACUGAGUUCUAUCGAACCUGUAACUUGAGGUCUAGCACCGACCCCGCAUUUGAGCUCAUUUAUUUGUGUACUGAAUAAAAUCCUUCACCAUGUAAAGUUGCAUUUCAUCUUAGAGCAUGACAUUAGUAUGGCCGGGGACAGACGAUGGAAGUGCAGAAUCGUAAAGUAUGGAGCUUAGGUUGGGGACGAGCAUGAAGAGGCGCUCUAGCUGCUUACACAGGUUGGUUGUUCUCUAAAUUCGCGCGUGUUAUACUCGAUUUAUAGAUUGCUUAGAUGAAUUUGAAUAGAAAUGCAGCAACGCUAGUAAAGUUGGUGUCAUUGUCAGGUGAUCAAGAGAUCACGGAUUCAAGACUUGGAAACAACCUCUAACAGAAAUGCUCUAUGUUGCUCGGACUCUUCA